GCUUCAGGUUCAGAUCCAUGAUCUAUAAUAUGGAAUAUAUAGAUCAGUGGUUCAGAUCAGUCUGCAUUUAUGUUUAUAUUUAUAUAUAUAUAUAGCGUUGCAAUUGAAACUGCAAUCGAGUAUUUGACAUGGCAAGUCAAGCCGUGGUUCCUAACCUAUCAUGCUUUUAAAAUAGCAAUUUUACAGUGAAAUUAUUUAGAGAUGAUCACUGUACUGUACUGUACUCUACUGUAACUGAGAGACACCUUUGAAUAUUUGCUGUUUAAAAAUUAUUUGCCACAGGACAGGACGAGGUGAAAUAUAAAUAUAAAAUGAUAAAUAUUUAUAAAAUAAUUGAUUAAAACAUGUAUAGGCCUAUAUAAAUAAAUAUACUCUAAAAAUAUGAAUAUGUGUUUAUAAACAUUUGAAAUAAAUAAAUAAGAAAAAAUAAGGUGACUGAAAUAGUGAAAUCUAUUUUCUUCAUUUCAUUAAUCUUACAUUCUAACCUAAAAUCUUGAUUAAUUGCAUGUUAACUGACAAAACCAGAUUACAGAAUAGUCUGUUCUUCUACUGACUGUUUUACUGGAGAUUUGAAUAGCAGUAAUAAUUUGUCCGGUAUGUUGCUAGGCAUUCAAAUAAGUGGAGAGUAAUAAAAGGCCUUUAAAAGCCUCCGUGCCUCUGUUAUGCAGUUUAUGAAUUGCAAACAAAGAGAACUAAACUAAAGGUUUACUAAAGGUCUUAAAUUCUAUUCUAGGUUCAUUAUAGUUCAAGCUGUUCUAUCUAGGUUGUAUUACCAGGUUAAGGUUUGUUUUUGUUUGAUGAUCAAGGAGAUUAUUUCCUGUUUUGUUUAUUUUAUAAUCAAAAGAAAGUAUGAUAAAUCAGUUAUUAACUGUAUUGUACAAUGGGUUGUCUUCAAGCACUGUUAGUAGCAGUAGUCGUUUAGCAGACACUCUCAUUCAAAGUAACUUUUGCAUUUUAGGAACAGCCCCAUUGGAUCAAUUUAAGCAAUAAGUGAGUCUUCAGUUCAUGAAUCAACAGCCUUUGGAUUACCACCACCUCCACAUACAGAGGAAGGCCUGAAACGGUUUAGACACAAAUAUGCGUCACUAAGUGACUGACAAACAAGCCUUGCAGGGAAACACAGGACUCACACCAUUGAUUUUUCCUCGUCUGGAUGGCACAAAAAAAAAAAAAUGCAGGAGGAAAUGUGUUAUUAUGGAGGCUGGAAUUGCGCAGUGCUUGGAUACCUAUUUACCCGUCAAGUGCCUGGGUAAUAAUUGAUAGAUUUCCUGAGAGGACAAAAACGGGCCCAGAUGGGGCCAGGUGGGUUAUACCACAGUUGCAAACGACUCGGAGUGAGGUAAGAGACACAGCUCACUUGUUUAACAGUUGGAAAGUCGUCCAGUUCUCUGACACCAUGAAAGUUACAUGGAUUGUUUUGGCGCUUGUGUUGUUCAGUCAGCUACAGUGGACAGCAGCUGCUCCAGGCGCAGGACUGCACACAUGGGAUAGAUUUAGCAAACUUCCAUAUCCCGGUGACAAAGCCUUCCUAUAUGACAACUUCCCUGACAAGUUUAUGUGGGCUGUCGGCACCGCUGCCUAUUCAGUUGAAGGAGCCUGGGAGAAAGACGGGAAGGGUAAGUCUAUCUGGGACACAUUUACUCGAGGAGGGACCCGGGUAUCCAGAGGCGACGUUGGCAGUGACAGUUAUCACAACAUCCCGGGAGAUCUCCGAGCCCUGCAGCAACUUGGAGUUAGUCACUACCGGUUUUCUCUGUCCUGGCCGCGCAUCUUCUCCAACGGCACCAAAGAAAGUUACAACAAAAAAGGUGUGGAGUAUUAUAAAAAUCUAAUUCGUGGAUUGAAGGAAAUUAAAGUGCAGCCCGUUGUGACUUUAUAUCAUUGGGACCUGCCAGACAGUUUGCAGACCCUCUUUGGAGGUUGGAGCAAUUCGAUUAUGGUCGAACUUUUUAGAGAAUAUGCAGAUUUUUGUUUUAAAACAUUUGGAUCUGAUGUGAAAUUUUGGAUUACCAUUGACAAUCCUUUUGUUGUGGCCUGGCAUGGAUAUGGAACUGGGGUUGUGGCACCUGGUAUCAAAAAUGACUCCGACUUGCCUUUCAGAGUUGGACAUAAUCUACUGAAGGCUCAUGCAGCAGCCUGGCACUUGUAUGACGAGCGGUAUCGUUCCAGUCAGGGUGGGCGAGUGUCCAUGGCUCUGGCCUCUCACUGGAUCAAGCCUAGCAGAACCAGACAGGAGAACAGCAAAGCCUGUCAGUGUUCUCUGGACUUCGUGCUCGGCUGGUUCGCCCGUCCGUUGUUUGUUGAUGGAGACUAUCCACCCUGCAUGAAACGCAAUUUGACCCACAGACUGCCGUCCUUCACGGAGACCGAGAGCUUGUAUGUUAAUGGUACGGCAGACUUCUUUGCCCUGUCUCACGGACCUGCUCUUAGCUUUCAGCUGAUCAAUGACAGUCUGCGCUUUGGCCAGACAGAAGACCUAGGUCUGAGAAUGCUGCUGUACUGGGUCCGAGCCGAGUACAACAAUCCUCCCAUCUUUGUGGUGGAGAGCGGCUGGUAUGGAAGUGGCAACACGAAAACAAAGGAUGCCAAGCAUAUGUACUACCUAAAGCGCUUUAUUAUGGAGACUCUAAAAGCAAUCCGCUUUGACAGAGUAAAUGUGAUUGGCUACACAGCCUGGUCUCUGUUGGACGGGUAUGAGUGGUAUCGAGAAUAUGGAAUACGAAGAGGGCUAUUCUAUGUGGAUUUCAACACUCCUGAUCUGAAAAGAGAACCAAAGACAUCUGCCACUUUCUAUAGCAAACUCAUAGAGAAGAAUGGCUUUCCUCAGCUGCCCGAGAACCGCCCUGCACAGGGCGUCUUUCCCUGUGACUUUGCCUGGGGUGUUGUAGCCAACUCAAUACAGGUUGAUACUAUACCUACCCAGUUUGCUGACCCUAGCGUUUACAUCUGGAACAUUUCUGGUAACGGAGAGCUGAAAAAGGUCCCGGGUGUGCUGGCACCCCCUAUGCACCGGACACACCACUGCGCCGAUUACGGCAGCAUUCUCCAGCAGGUGUCUGACAUGCACCGUAUGCAGAUCUCACACUUCCACUUCUCCCUCAACUGGUCCUCCAUCACCCCAACAGGCCGGAUGUCUGAUGCUAAUGAAACACUUCUAAAAUACUACCAUUGCUUUGUCAGUGAGCUACAAAAGGUUAGCAUAACCCCUGUUGUGACCCUUUGGCACCACACAGGGAAACUGUCCAGUCUGCCGGCACCCAUUGAGGCUAGUGGCGGCUGGCAGAGCGAGAAGACAGUCCAGGCCUUUGCGGACUAUGCCAGGUUGUGUUUCCAACGACUAGGAGCUCAUGUCAAGCUGUGGAUCACGCUGAAUGAACCUAAUGAUGAGGAUCUCGAAUACACUGUGGGUCACCAGCUGCUCCGUGCACAUGCUUUAGCUUGGCACAUCUAUGACAGCGAGUUUCGCAAAGCCCAAGGCGGUAAGGCAUCACUGGUUCUUCAUAUGGACUGGGUCGAACCUGCGUUUUCUUUCAACAGAGAGGACGUUGAGCCUGCAAACAGAGUCCUGGAUUUUCGAGUCGGCUGGUUUGCAGAGCCCAUCUUCGGUAGUGGCGAUUACCCAGCUGUGAUGCGUAGUUGGCUCCAACAGCGAAACAAUAUUGAUCUCUUCAACUACCACUUACCCACAUUUAGCAAUGAAGAUCGGCUGUUGGUUAAAGGAACCUACGAUUUCUUCGCCAUCAGCCAUUUUACUACUUCAAUGGUGUAUGAUGGAGUGGAAGACAAAUACACUUUCAAAGACAAGCUGCAGGUACAGCUGAUAUCUGACGUGACCUGGAUCAUGUCUCCAAGACGCAACUCUCCUGUGGUCCCCUGGGGUCUUCGCAAGGCACUGAACUGGGUUAACUCUCGAUACAAAGGGGUUCCCAUUUAUGUGAUGGCCAAUGGAGUUCAGGAGGACAUUGCUAGGUUUAAGGAUAGUUUGCGCAUCUACUACCUUUACAACUACAUUAAUGAGGCCUUGAAAGCAUAUACGCUGGAUGGAGUCAAUUUGAAGGGCUAUUUUGCAUAUGCGUUCAGCGACCGGCAGGACCCAGGCUUUGGCAUGUAUGGUCAUGUGCAGGAGGAGGUCAUUUCAAAAUCUUCACUGGCCCAUUACAAAAACAUCAUCCACCACAACGGCUUCCCUGCCCCAGGCACGCCUCAGCAACAGUGUCCCCUUGCUCCAGUGCAUGGCUCUGGCCAUUAUGUCCUCACCAAGCAGCCUGUCAUUGGCUUUCUCUCUGUGGUGAGCUCUUGCAUGCUGAUCACAGUGGGCCUUGUUGUCUACUACUCAGUCAAGAGACACAAAUUAACCACCAAAAAAUGAAAGGAAAUGGUUUCAGUGGACUCUUGUAUCUCUAAUUUAUUUGUUUUAAUUGUUAGUUUGACAACCUACAUAUUAUGCUUUUAACUCUUUAAAUUGUAGUACUUAUGGAAUUUCAUAAUGGGUACUACAUGAACCAGGAAGAUCUGGAUAAUUAUUUAACUGUACCAUUACCAUGUAAAAACACUAUUUAUUUAAAAAAAAAAAAAGAAGUAUAUUUACAAUAUUUAGUCAAGUCUGCACAACAGUUUUCCAUUUUGCCUGAGUUGUAAAAUAAAAGUUAUGGGGCAAAAGUA